CACGAACUGUGAUGACACAGAUUACGAGUGUAUAAAAGGAGAUCCAUGUCGGCUUCAUGUCAAACUCGUGCAUUACUCUGCUUCAUACAGUGCUUCAUACAAUGUCUUUCUGGUCAUUACUCCUCUGUUUCGUUCUUCUGUCGACAAGUGGAAUUCAAGUUGGCGCAGACAUGCCGGCACCACAGUGGCAAUCCCAGUAUAGAUAUUUCACGUAUACUCAGGGGUAUGCGACGGUUCAAUGUUCAUGCUUGAGAACUCUAUCCGAUGCGGAGCUUCGUCGACAACUUCCACCACCUGCAUCAAAGUGUCCUCGAUGCCACUAUGUGGGAUGAUCUGAGAAGAAGAGGAGGGAUGUGGAGAAACGGGACAAUUGAUUUGCUCAAGACGUCACCUAUCUCAUUCUGUGAAUGCUUUUCAUUCUGAUUAUUCACAAAUCCACUUGAAUGUAAAUUACGACAAUAAAUGUUCAAUUAUAUUAACAACAGUCAA